CAAUGCAUCCAAUUGAAGAGCUCACAAUUAAUUCACUCUCUGACGUACUUAUCUGGUAUGUAGAUGAAAUUAAUACCCAGGGUCUGUGGGAACUGCUCUCUGUAGAUAAAUAUUCAGCCACCAACAUUGUUCUAGGUGACACAUACAGUCAGCUGAUAUAUCAGAUCACCAUAAAAAGGAGACCUCUACUGGAUGUCAUCAACUUCAUACUACCAGUGUUUUGCUUCCUUCUGCUGGAUGUGGCCUCCUACUUCAUAGAUGCAAGUGGAGCAGAGAAGUUGAGCUUUAAAGUGACUUUACUCCUGACAGUUUCUGUGUUUCUGCAGAUUCUCAAUGACACACUUCCCUCUACUGGAGAUAAAAUCCCACUGAUUGGGGUUUACGGCAUUGUGAUUUUCAUUCUCAUUGGCGUAAGCAUUCUGGAGACCAUUCUUGUGAGUUUUCUGAUGACUAGAGGAGCUGAGACCAGUUUAGCAGCACCAGUGGAAACCACAGCUGCCAUUACUUGCCAAGAUGAUGGUGUAAGGGACUUGCAGAGGCCUCCAGAAACAGUUAGAAAUGAAAAUGAAGAGCAGUCUCAUACCCUCAACUCUCUGAAGACACCCCUGAGCUGGACUAGAGUGGCAAGAAUCAUAGAAGUGACCUUCUUUGUUCUUUACAUAAUCACCAUUAUUGUGUUUCUGUCCAUACUUGGCAAGGUUUGGUAUAUUGAGUAAUCUUCACAGUGCCCACAAAAAGUGUUUGGACACUUGAAUGACAAUUAAAAAAACGUAUGACUGUAUUUGCUUUAUGCAACGAAAUGUCAAUCCAAAUAGCAUUUAUUUAUUCACCAUGAGAAACAAGCACACAGCCAUCUUGAAAUUUUUGUCUUUGAACUUCCGGGUUAACAUUUUCUAUAUAGAUGUCUAUGGUGUUGAUGUCAAAGUGUAAUCAGCUAGCGAAAUGGAUUUACAUGUUAUAGAGUUGCCAAAAGUUAUCAUGAGUAUUUUAAAGUGUUCAGUGGAUGUCUUAACAACUGAAAGCAGAGCAGGAAGAUUUUAAAACAAGAGUACUUCAUUCAUAAAUCCACAAGAUCUUACCUUUACACUGUGGACGGA